UGCUCGUUCCACUCACACAAACACAAAGCUUCCAUCCAGCUUUCUCCUCCUCCUCAACCUUCUUCUAGCUAGCUAGUCCCUAGUUGAGUGAGCGUACUUUUGGCUCGCAUGGCGGUUUCGGUGCUGGCGAUCCUACUCGCCUCUUUCGCCCUGGCGGCGGCGAGCUUCGACAAGGAGUUCGAUAUCACCUGGGGGGACGGGCGCGGCAAGAUCCUCAACAACGGCCAGCUCCUCACGCUGGGGUUGGACAAGGUCUCCGGCUCCGGGUUCCAGUCCAAGCACGAGUACCUCUUCGGCAAGAUCGACAUGCAGCUCAAGCUCGUCCCCGGCAACUCCGCCGGCACCGUCACCGCAUACUACCUGUCGUCGCAGGGGCCGACGCACGACGAGAUCGACUUCGAGUUCCUUGGCAACGUCACCGGCGAGCCGUACACUCUGCACACAAACGUGUUCACGCAGGGGCAGGGCCAGCGGGAGCAGCAGUUCCGCCUCUGGUUCGAUCCCACCAACGACUUCCACACCUACUCCAUCCUCUGGAACCCAAAGCACAUCAUCUUCAUGGUGGACGACAUGCCGAUCAGGGACUUCAGGAACCUGGAGGGAAAGGGGAUCGCCUUCCCCAAGAACCAGCCCAUGCGGCUCUACUCCAGCCUCUGGAACGCCGACGACUGGGCCACGCAGGGCGGCCGCGUCAAGACGGACUGGUCCCACGCCCCGUUCUCCGCCUCGUACCGCGGCUUCAAGGCCGACGCGUGUGUGGUGACCGCGGGCGGCCGGCCGCGCUGCGGCGCCAGCGUCGGCACGGAGGUCGCCCCCGGCACCGGCGCGACGGGCGAGUGGUACAACCAGGAGCUGGACCUGACGCGGCAGCAGCGGAUGCGGUGGGUGCAGAGAAACUACAUGAUCUACAACUACUGCACCGACCCCAAGCGCGUCGCCAAGGGCGUCCCCGCCGAGUGCUCUAUGUAAUCCCCAUGUCCACCCAGCAAGCCAGCAUUGGACCGUCCGUGUAUACGUCGAUCGCCGGAGAAAGGGAAGAUGGGGGCGUCUGUAUUGUAUGAUAAAUAAGGACUGGUGUGGGGGAUAAUGUGAAAUGUAGCCGGUGGUAGAUCCUUGUGUUCGUUCUUUGUCACGCUCACGCUCACUUCAUGUGUAAUAUAUAUGCCACGUCUUGUUCUUCA